GCAUAAAAUGUGUGGUCGUGAAGUCAAGUGUCAAAUUACUGCCUGCACCGGUUGCCUAGCAACCUCCAAAUAAUAAAGGGUAUUCGAAAGUAAGGGGGCAAAUGCACUCGACAGAGGUAAACAUGUAUCAGCGCGCGGAGAUACACCUGCCCCGAAAGAAGAAGGUACGAGAAGCAUUCCGCUCAAACACCUACAGGAUAUUUGAUGAAAACAUCCCAGAGCGAUUAAAUCCAGACGAGGUGUAUAAGGACCACAAAUAUGCAUCCCGAGACCCAGAAGCGACAGAGGCGCUAAAGACACACAAUAUCCCACAACCUUACAACGUCAAGUUCAUCAGGACCAACGUGAGGUUCCUCAACGAGCCCAUUGUUCAUAUGGAAACUGAGAACACGAAGGACGAACAGUCUAAAUGGUGGCUAAAUACACCAGACAAGAAAGAUCCUAGAAAAACAGCAUACAGUAAGGAGAGCACUCAGAGACGUGAUUACCAACCGAUCACGCACAUUCCAGUGACCAGGGUUCGAGAGGCGAGAAAUAAGACUCCAGCUACAGGAAUAAAUACGUGGGCGUCCUCACCGAUGUUAAACACAAAUCCAGACACUGAGAUGGAUAGUCAUUGCAAAAGAUUCAUUUGUGUGUUCCUUGAACUAUUCCUGUCUCGAUGUGGCUUUCCAACUUUGGGUCCUCUUGGCCAGCCUGAAGAACUAGUGGAGCACAUGUCCUUCAUUCACCAGUAUGACUCCAGGAGAAUUCACGACCAACCCUAUCAAGGAAGAGGUCACGGGGAAACCUGGAGCUUAUCCCAGGGAUCAUCGGGCAUAAGGCAGGGUACAUUCUGGUCAGGAUGUCAAUCCAUCACAGGGCACAAUCACAUUCAGAUACCCAUUCAUACACUACGGACACUUUGGACAUACCAAUCAGCCUGCCACGUAUGUCUUUGGUCUGGGGGAGGAAACCGGAGUACCCAGAGGAAACGCCCAGCGGCGGCGGGAAUCAAACCCCCAACCCUGGUGGUGUGAGGCGAACGUGUUAACCACUAAGCCUCCACGUGCCAUUAUUUUUGUUGUUAUUAUUUUUGUUGUUAUUAUUAUUGUUAAUAUAGAAGGCUAUAUUGAGACCAAUGCCAAAGACCAAGACAGGCCCAACACUGAAACUCAAGUCCAAGACCGCAAUCAAGUUCUACAGUCCUAUAUGGACGUCAUAUCAGUCCCUCCAGGAUUGAGCUAUUUUGUGAUCACAGAAAAGAAUGCAAAAUCAAGGAAACUCUGUAAUAUUCUGAGGAACAUGCAAUUGUUAAAAAUUGCUAUGGA